AGGGGAGAGGAGAGAGGAAAGAGGAGAGGAGAGGGGCCAGGGGAGAGGAGAAGGGUCCAGGAGAGAGGAGAGGAGAAGGGCCAGGGGAGAGAGAGGGGUCCAGGAGAGAGAGAGGGGUCUAGCUCUCCCCCAGGUCCACCACCAUGGCCCACGGCCAGCCUGACGUGAGCCACAUGUACGCGGCGCCCCAUCCGCCCCCCUCGUACGCCUGCAGCGCAGACCUGUACCCCGACCCGUCGGCCAGCUACCUGGCCACCUCCACCUGCGCCGUGUCCUACCACCACCACCACCACCACCACCCCGCCCCCCCCUACAGCCCCAAGCCCCCCCCCGCCGACGGCCCACUGCUCCCCCUGCUCCCAGACUACGGGGGCUUCUACCCCCCCGCCUGCCAGCGCGACCCCCCCGGGCCCGCCUUCCCGGAGAGGAAGACGCUGGCGUACCCGCUGGAGUCGCUCCGCCUGCCGCCCCCGCCCCUCACGCCGCUCAACACCAUCAGGAACUUCACGCUGGCGCCGCCCGGCCCGGCCCCCCAGGGCCCCGUCAUGGCGGCUGCGUUCGGCCACCACAGCCUGCCGCUGCGCCCCAUCCUGCGGCCCAGGAAGUACCCCACCCGGCCCAGCAAGACCCCGGUGCACCAGCGGCCCUACCCCUGUCCCGCCGACGGCUGCGACCGCCGCUUCUCGCGCUCCGACGAGCUGAGCCGCCACGUGCGCAUCCACACGGGCCACAAGCCCUUCCAGUGCCGCGUCUGCCUGCGCGCCUUCAGCCGCAGCGACCACCUGACCACGCACAUCCGCACGCACACCGGGGAGAAGCCCUUCUGCUGCGACACCUGCGGACGCAAGUUCGCCCGCAGCGACGAGAGGAGACGACACCUGAAGAUCCACCAGAGACAGAAAGACAAGAAGGCCUGCUAGGGUCCUGCUCUACAGCGGCCCUCUG